AAUUCAAAAUGGCAGUGCCCGGGCAUCGAUCAAACAAGCAUAAUUUUCCGGAAUUACAUUUUUAUUAUAUUUAUUUUUAAAUUAUUCGAAAUAUGUGUAUAAACAAAAGUACAAGUUUGCAUAAUAUAAUUAACUCUAUUUUCAACUAGUCAAAGUUUCCAAAGAAGUGUAUUCAUUGGUGGUGGCGCAUAAUAAAAUCGCGUUUGUUAUUCCCGGCGUAUAUAUGUAUAUGUAUAUAAUAUUUCUGACUGUUAUAUAGGUUAUGUUUGUUUAAACGACGUUUAUUAUAAUAUAAAUCGAAAAACAAUUAAAACGUUGUUAUAAAACAGCGUGAAUUAAAUAAAAUUAUGCUUUCUUGAUAAAUUUAUUAAUUUUCGGAAUUUAAAGAAAAAAAAAAAUUAUAGAAUUUUGAUACUCUCGAAUUAAAAAGAAAAAUCUAAAUAAAAUGUUUAAAAACACAUUCCAAAGUGGAUUUCUCUCCAUACUUUAUAGUAUUGGCAGUAAACCAUUGCAAAUUUGGGACAAAAAAGUGAGAAAUGGACAUAUUAAAAGAAUUACCGAUAACGAUAUUCAAAGUUUAGUGCUUGAAAUUCUUGGUAGUAAUGUCAGUACAACAUAUAUUACGUGUCCUGCUGAUCCUCGAAAAACUUUGGGAAUUAAGUUACCAUUUCUUGUGAUGAUAAUUAAAAAUCUAAAAAAGUAUUUUACUUUUGAAGUACAAGUGAUUGACGACAAAAAUGUUCGUAGAAGAUUUCGAGCAAGUAAUUAUCAAUCGACAACAAGGGUAAAACCAUUUAUUUGCACAAUGCCAAUGAGAUUAGACGAUGGCUGGAAUCAAAUACAAUUUAAUCUAGCUGAUUUUACACGUCGUGCAUACGGUACAAAUUAUGUGGAAACAUUGAGAGUUCAAAUUCAUGCAAAUUGCAGGAUACGUCGUGUUUAUUUCUCUGAUAGACUUUAUUCCGAGGAUGAAUUACCAGCUGAAUUUAAAUUAUUUUUACCAAUUCAAAAUAAAGCCAAGUGUUAAUAUUUUAUAGCUCAAUUUUGUCUGCAGUUACAAUUUGUUUAACGUACAAAAUUAAUUAAGGAUUAGAAUAUUAUUCAAUUAAUAAGGUAAAAAGUGUCCUUCAUAUACAUAAAUAUAUAUAUAUAUAUAUUUGACUUUGAAAAAAAGUAAUAAAUUUGUUAUGCGAUAAUUAUA